AUGAAGUACAUCAACGCCCUCGUCAUACUCGCUUCUAUCGCCGCCGCCGCCGCUGUUCCAGCAGCUGUGCCUGGCUCGGAGCCUGAUAUCUCCAAGCGUCAAUGUGACAGAGACGCUGUUCAGAGAUGUAUUCUGGCUUGCAACAUUCAGUGCAUUGCCGCUGGGCCUGUAGGAUAUGCAGCCUGCAGUCAGGGAUGCACUCCUGGAUGCGGCCCCGCCAAUGGCUGCUAG